AUGUCUGAGAAUACAUUCCACGUCACGAGCGAAGAGGUCCGCGACCUUGAAUCCAAACAAGCCAAGUUCACCGAUGGGAAGACACCCAAAGAUUCCGAUGUCUCAGCAUUGAAGCAACUCCUCUCGGAGCAAGAAUCCAAACAAGACCAGAUCGACCGCGUGAAAGCCGGGCUCCCACUGCCCGAGCAGCCCGUCGGCGGCGCCAGCGCCGACCUGCAAUCCGCGGACCAGAGGACCGUGAACGUCGGCAGUGGAGGCGUCAACGUCAAACUCGGCACGCAAAGUUCUGAUGGCCUGAGAGAGCCGGCUACCGCUGAGAGCUCGGCGAGAGUCGACGGCGAGGAGUUGAAGAGGCCUACUGCGCCAUGA